AUGCCUAUCGAAGUUGAUUUGAAACGUGCUCAAACGCUACUCUAUGAUGAAAAGAAGCCCCAGGAUGCACUAGAAUUGUACGACGCAAUUCUAGAGCAAUCUCCGGAAAAUUUCACAGCACACAUCUACAAGGCAGCAUGCCUGGAAAAACUGUACUACGGCUUCAAGAGCUGGCACAAUGAGGCAACAUUGCAGAAUGCAUUGGAACUGCUGGACAAAGCUGUGGAGAUCGCAGAGAAGAGAGGAGAUCGAUCCAAAUUAGGGUUUGCCACUUUCAGACUGUUUGUUCACCAUUACAAUAGGAAAAAUUACCCACUAUCGAAACACUUAUUUGACAGUGCUCGCAAGCUUGGGUACAAAGACGAUACAAUUGGCAUUUGGGAGGCUAAUUUGAACUCCAAGAUUGAAAAAUGGGAACGUAAGCAUGGGCCGAAAAAAAUCAGUGAAGUGGCACCUACGACUACCGCUAGCCCUACCCCUGCAAAGUCAGAUUCUUCAAAACCCGACGUUAUGCCAUUAAAGGUGGAUAAGCCGGCCUUCAAAGCUGAUUGGUAUCAAUCCGCGACAUCCUUAACCAUCUCUUUGUUCACGACAUCGCUUCCAAGCAGCCGAGAAUCCGUCAACGCUAAAAUUUCAGCUGACUUACGAAACUUGGAAGUCUCAUAUCCCGUAUCUCAAACAGGUUCUGAAUUUCAAUAUAGUACCAGACUAUCUCAUGAAGUGGAUCCGGAAGAUAUAGGUAUCAAUGUCCUGACUAAAAAGAUUGAAAUCACUCUCAAGAAAAAACAAAAAGCUCAAUGGAAGCGUUUGGACGAUCCGGCAGAAACCUUAACAGCACGAGCUCCUGUUCCGACAUCUUCUCCAGCGAAUGAAGCUGCACAUUCUUACCCAUCCUCUUCCAAAAAAUCAACAGACUGGUCCAAGUUCGAAGUGGACGACGAGGAGCAAAAUCAAUCUGCUGAUGCUUUUUUCCAGCAACUUUAUUCAAGAGCAGAUCCUGAUACACAAAGAGCAAUGAUGAAGUCGAUGGUUGAGAGUAAUGGCACCGCUUUGAACACAAACUGGGAGGAGGUAGCAAAGAAAACGGUAGAAAUGACUCCCCCAGAAGGUUCUGAGCCCAAAAAGUGGUAG